AUGCUGUCCUCGAGGUUAUCCAGAGCUUUUGUUCCCCGGGCUUCCGCCUUCAACCGCGCCUCGCCGCUCAUCAAGUCUCCUCUGGGCUCCUCCUUCGUGAGGCGGUAUGCCGAGGGUGGCGACGAGAAGGUGAAGGGCCAGGUCAUUGGUAUUGACCUGGGUACCACCAACUCCGCCGUCGCCGUCAUGGAGGGCAAGCAGCCGCGCAUCAUCGAAAACGCCGAGGGUACCCGCACCACGCCCUCCGUCGUCGGUUUCACCAAGGAUGGCGAGCGUCUGGUCGGUAUUGCCGCCAAGCGUCAGGCCGUCGUCAACCCCGAGAACACUCUGUUCGCCACCAAGCGUCUGAUCGGCCGCAAGUUCACCGACGCUGAGGUCCAGCGUGACAUUAAGGAAGUGCCCUACAAGAUCGUCCAGCACAGCAACGGCGAUGCGUGGCUCGAGGCCCAGGGCCAGAAGUACUCCCCCUCGCAGAUUGGUGGCUUUGUUCUGGGCAAGAUGAAGGAGACCGCCGAGACCUUCCUCAGCAAGCAGAUCAAGAACGCCGUUGUUACCGUCCCCGCCUACUUCAACGACUCUCAGCGUCAGGCUACCAAGGACGCCGGUCAGAUUGCUGGCCUGAACGUCCUCCGUGUCGUCAACGAGCCCACCGCUGCUGCGCUUGCCUACGGUCUUGAGAAGGAGCAGGACCGCGUCAUUGCUGUCUACGAUCUUGGUGGUGGUACCUUCGAUAUCUCCGUCCUGGAGAUCCAGAACGGCGUUUUCGAGGUCAAGUCUACCAACGGCGACACCCACCUUGGUGGUGAGGACUUCGACAUUACCCUCGUCCGCCACCUCGUCCAGCAGUUCAAGAAGGAGCAGGGCAUCGAUCUCUCCGGCGACCGCAUGGCUAUCCAGCGUAUCCGUGAGGCCGCCGAGAAGGCCAAGAUCGAGCUUUCCUCCUCGCUCGCCACUGAGAUCAACCUGCCCUUCAUCACUGCCGACGCUUCCGGCCCCAAGCACAUCAACUCCAAGCUCACCCGUGCCCAGCUCGAGGGUCUCGUCGACCCUCUGAUUAGCCGCACUGUCGAGCCUGUCCGCAAGGCCCUUAAGGACGCCAACCUGCAGGCCAAGGACGUCCAGGACGUCAUCCUGGUCGGUGGCAUGACCCGUAUGCCCAAGGUCACCGAGUCCGUCAAGAGCAUCUUCGGCCGUGACCCCGCCAAGUCCGUCAACCCUGAUGAGGCUGUCGCCAUUGGUGCCGCCAUCCAGGGUGCCGUCCUCUCCGGUGAGGUCACCGACGUGCUCCUGCUCGAUGUGACUCCUCUCUCCCUCGGUAUCGAGACCCUUGGUGGUGUCUUCACCCGUCUGAUCAACCGCAACACCACCAUCCCCACCAAGAAGUCCCAGGUCUUCUCGACCGCUGCCGACUUCCAGUCUGCUGUCGAGAUCAAGGUCUACCAGGGUGAGCGUGAGCUUGUCCGCGACAACAAGCUGCUCGGCAACUUCCAGCUUGUCGGUAUCCCUCCUGCGCACCGCGGUGUUCCUCAGGUCGAGGUCACCUUCGACAUCGACGCCGACUCCAUCGUCCACGUCCACGCCAAGGACAAGUCCACCAACAAGGACCAGUCCAUCACCAUCGCCUCCGGCUCCGGUCUCUCUGACAACGAGAUCGAGAACAUGGUCAACGAUGCCGAGAAGUACGCCGAGGCUGACAAGGAGCGCAAGGCCGCCAUCGAGGCUGCCAACCGCGCCGACUCCGUCCUGAACGACACCGAGAAGGCCCUUAAGGAGUUUGAGGACCGCCUUGACAAGGCCGAGGCCGAGAAGAUCCGCCAGAAGAUCGAGAGCCUCCGUGAGUUCGUCAGCAAGAGCCAGGCCGGCGAGGGCACCGCCACCGCCCAGGAGCUCAAGGAGAAGACCGACGAGCUCCAGACCGCCUCCCUAACCCUCUUCGACCAGAUGCACAAGGCCCGCUCCGAGCCCCAGCAGGAGCAGCCCCAGCAGGAGGGUGAGAAGAAGGAGUAA